AUGCGGUCAAUUUGUUGUGUGGGAAAUCCCUGCAUCGAGAGAAUCGCGUUCAGGAAAAUAACGCUUGGAAGGCGUUGGCUGUCCCACUUUCGCGUUAUCAAGCAUGAAGUGCGUACGCAGCAUACACGACACUGGCCACGGGGGACAGAAGUGGGUUAUGAGAAUGACUUGAAGCUUGCCGUGAAACAAUAUGUUCCAUACAACGAGAAGAACACAUCGCUGGGCGAUGUCACCUUCAUUGCUGCGCAUGCUAAUGGCUUUCCAAAGGAGCUUUAUGAGCCAAUGUUUGAUGAUCUAUAUGAGGAGUUGAAAGCAUUGGGAAGGAGUAUUCGGGCGAUCUGGAUUGCCGAUUUGGCUCAUCAAGGUCAAAGCUAUAUCAUCAACGAGAAGGCGCUGGGAAAUGACCCAAACUGGUGGGACGGUGCCAGAGACCUCCUCUUCCUCAUAAACCAAAAGCAAGCUGAGAUGCCCCAGCCGCUAAUCGGCAUUGGCCAUAGCAUGGGAGGGUCACAACUGGCUCAGCUGUCACUCCUCCAUCCUCGACUACUGCAGGGGUUGAUCCUCAUCGACCCCGUUAUCCAGACCGAGAAUCCAAGCAAAAGCUUUGCAAAGCCGUCAACUUACCGUCGAGACACCUGGAAAUCCCGGGAAGAAGCAAGAGUGAAAUUCGAGAACAGUAAAUUCUAUCGGGCCUGGGAUUCAAGGGUACUUCAGAAGUGGGUGCAGUACGGGUUACGCGAUCUUCCCACUGAGAUGUACCCAGACAGAGGUGAGAGCAAAGAGCCCCCUGUGACACUCACGACACCGAAGUCGCAGGAAGUCUUCUCAUACUUGAGGCCGAAGUACUAUGGAACUUCUGGCGUCGCACCGGAGAAGGAUCGGGAUGUGUACGGUGACAUGCACCCAGAUGACAUUGAGGAAGGGUACCCGUUCUAUCGCCCCGAGCCAGCCCAGAUAUUCCGGCGACUGCCAGAGCUAAAGCCACCUGUUUUAUACGUGUUCGGGAACCAUUCUGAACUUGCGACGCCAGAAUUGAGAAGAAAGAAAAUGGAAACAACGGGAACCGGAGUCGGCGGAAGUGGUGGGUCCGCUGAAGGUAUGGUGAAGGAGGUCGUGUUAGAUUGCGGCCAUCUGGUGCCCAUGGAAAGAACUACAGCAUGCGCCGCUGCGGUGGCAGCGUUCACAGCAUCGGAGCUUGCUCACUGGGAGGAGCAGAUGUGUCAAGGGCAGGCACGAUGGCUGAUGAAGCCGAGGAGUGACAGAGUGGGAAUUGACGAUGAAUGGAAAAACAUGAUAGGACCCAGGGAUCCUCGGAAUAUAGAUGAUACCGCCGUGAAGAACAAGGGCAGCUAG